GGGACGUGGCCGGAACUAAAGUGCUGGGGUUGACUAUGAGUACGCUAUAUGACGGCCAGGUUUGUGUGUUGCGCUUCGUGGGCACCCGUCUGCUCUGCUUCCCCUCGCCUUUGAAGAGAACAGUCACCACACUCAUGGCAGGGAUUUUGCGCUCAAUAGUUCAGAAGCCCCCAGGUGGACUCCAAACUGUAACAAAAGGUGUGGAGUCUGUCAUUUGUACAGAUUGGAUUCGUCACAAAUUUACCAAGUCAAGAAUUCCAGAUAAAGUAUUUCAGCCUUCACCUGCAGAUCAUGAAAAAUAUGGUGGGGAUCCACAGCACCCUCAUAAACUACAUAUUGUUACCAGAAUAAAGAGUACAAAAAGACGUCCAUAUUGGGAAAAAGAUAUAAUAAAGAUGCUUGGAUUAGAAAAAGCACAUACUCCUCAAGUUCACAAGAAUAUACCUUCAGUGAAUGCAAAACUGAAAGUGGUUAAACAUUUGAUAAGAAUCCAGCCCCUGAAGUUGCCACAAGGACUUCCAGCGGAAGAGGACAUGUCUAACACGUGCCUCAAGAGCACUGGGGAAUUAGUGGUGCGGUGGCAUCUAAACCCUGUAGAUCAGGAAGCAGUUAAGUCCUAAUGCCAGAGCAGUUUCAUAUUUAAAAAUGUAAAUCAUUUUUAUUUAAAGAUAGAAAGUGUUCUCAUUAAAAUAUAUUUUAAAUUCUA